CAGCCAAGGGGCGGCGGGAGGAGGUGGCUGUGGCGCUGGGAGCUCCUGUCACCGCUGGGGCCGGGCCGGGCUGGGCGGGAGAGCUGGGGACGUGAGGGCGUGAGAGCCCAGACAUGGGGCACAUAAGCCCCGCCAUACGCGGUCUGGGCCGCCGCCGGGCCCCGCCGCCGCUGCCGCUGUUGCUGCCACUAUUGCUGCUGCUUCUGCGCGCGCAGCUCGCCGUCGGGAGCCUGGCCGGUGGGAGCCCCGGCGCGGCGGAGGCCCGGGGGUCCGCUCAGGUGGCUGGACUAUGCGGGCGCCCAGCCCUUCAUCGGGACCUGCGCACGGGCCGCUGGGAACCAGACGCACAGCUCUCGCGGCGCUGUCUCCGGGACCCGCAGCGCGCGCUGGAGUACUGCAGACAGAUGUACCCGGAGCUGCAGAUUGCACGUGUGGAACAGGCGGCGCAGGCCAUCCCCAUGGAGCGCUGGUGCGGAGGUGCCCAGGGUGGCCGCUGUACCCACCCUCACCACCAGGUUGUGCCUUUCCGCUGCCUGCCGGGUGAAUUCGUGAGUGAGGCCCUGCUGGUGCCCGAAGGCUGCCGGUUCUUGCAUCAGGAGCGCAUGGACCAGUGUGAGAGUUCAACCCGGAGGCAUCAGGAAGCACAGGAGGCCUGCAGCUCCCAGGGCCUCAUCCUGCAUGGCUCGGGCAUGCUUUUGCCCUGUGGCAUGGAUCGGUUCCGAGGUGUGGAGUAUGUGUGCUGCCCCCCUCCAGUGACCCCUGACCCAUCUAGGACAGAAGUUGGCGACUCCUCCACCCGGUCCUGGCCCCCGGGGAGCAGAAUAGAGGGGGAUGAGGAUGAGAAAGAGGAGGAAUCCUUCCUACAGCCAGUAGACGAUUACUUUGUGGAGCCCCUACAGGCUGAAGAGGAAGAAGAGGAGGAAAGAGUCCCACCUUCAAGCUCCCAUCUUCCUGCAGGGAUCAGCAAAGUGACUUCCACCCCAAGGCCCACAGAUGGUGUGGAUGUGUACUUUGGCAUGCCUGGAGAAAUCAGUGAGCAUGAGGGUUUCCUACGGGCCAAGAUGGACCUGGAGGAGCGAAGGAUGCGCCAGAUUAAUGAGUUCCCCUGCUCCCAGGUGAUGCGUGAAUGGGCCAUGGCGGACAACCAGUCCAAGAAUCUGCCUAAAGCUGACAGACAGGCCCUGAAUGAGCACUUUCAGUCCAUUCUGCAGACCCUGGAGGAACAGGUGUCUGGUGAGCGACAGCGCCUGGUGGAGACCCAUGCCACCCGAGUCAUCGCCCUAAUCAACGACCAACGCCGGGCUGCCUUGGAAGGUUUCCUGGCAGCACUGCAGGGAGAUCCGCCUCAGCCAGAGCGUGUCCUGCUGGCCCUGCGGCGCUAUCUGCGUGCCGAGCAGAAGGAGCAAAGGCACACACUGCGACACUACCAGCAUGUGGCUGCCGUGGAGCCUGAGAAGGCCCAGCAGAUGAGCUUCCAGGUGCAGACCCACCUUCAAGUAAUUGAGGAAAGGAUGAAUCAGAGCCUGGGGCUGCUUGAUCGGAACCCCCAUCUGGCUCAGGAGCUGCGGCCCCAGAUCCAGGAAUUCCUCCACUCUGAACACCUGAGUCCCAGUGAAUUGGAAAUCCCUGUCCUCGGGAAUAGCAGUGAGGACAAGGGUGGGCUGCAGCCUCUGGAUUCCAAUGAUGGGUCCACAGAACAAGAUGCUGCACCCCCUGGAAAAGAGAAGCUGUCCCCCCUGGAACAGUAUGAACGGAAGGUGAAUGUGUCUGUUCCAAGGGGUUUUCCUUCCCACUCAUCGGAGAUUCAGAGAGAUGAGCUGGCACCAGCUGGGACAGGAGUGUCUCGAGAGGCCGUGUCCGGUUUGCUGAUCAUGGGAGCGGGUGGGGGCUCCCUGAUCGUCCUCUCCAUGCUGCUCUUGCGCAGAAAGAAGCCCUACGGGGCUAUCAGCCAUGGAGUGGUGGAGGUGGACCCCAUGCUGACCCUGGAGGAGCAGCAGCUGCGGGAACUGCAGCAUCAUGGCUAUGAGAACCCCACUUACCGCUUUCUGGAGGAACGACCCUGAACCAGCCCCUUUCAUCCCUUUGGGUGAACCCAGACCUUUCCUAUUCCUGGAGCCCCAGAACCCUAACUCCCAGACUGGAGAAAGGGUUUUGAAAAAGUUAAUUUCAUACCCUCGUGAGGGGGAUGGAAAUUCUUAUUUCCCCUUUCCAAUUACUAAUGCCAUCCCUAAGAAAUCCCCAGCUAUUCCCAGCUGCCUCUCUGCUUAGAACCUCCUCACCUUAUUUAUUUUGUAAAUUAAUUUAUUGUUCUUUAAGGUGACCGCCAGCUUGGUCCCUGGAAUUCACCCUCCCACGUAUUGCCCACUAGCAUCCCAAUAAAGUUCUCUUCCCCACCAGGC